CCACUGAAAAAAAGAGAUGAAUACACAAUCAUCCACUUUGAUCGAAGUUUUCACACAGUCUCAUCUGAGGCUGCUCCAACAAGGAUGCACAUGUGAAAGCUGCAAACUGGAUUAAACUUGAGGCUGAGCAGUGGAAGGACAUGGAAGCUGUGUUUACACUGUUGCUGAUGCUGCUCGGAGUCUCUCACGGUGUGGAGACCCACUGUGAUGGCAGACGGGAUGAAGCUCAGUGUUAUGGAGCUGUGGGAGGAACUGUGUUCAUUCGGCUGAUGGACACAAUCCCAUCAAGAUUUACUUUGCAGAAAAACAAAACAAGAAUUUUGCGCUGGAGAAAUAAAGCACUUUCUAUUUUUGAGAUGAAAAACAGAUUAUCCUUUGAUGACAGUUAUGGGACAUUAAGAAUCAGUAAUCUGCAGAAAAAUGACAGUGACAAAUAUUCACUUGAAAUUCAAGAUUCAAAUGGAGCUGCGGUAGAGAAUCGAACUCUAAACUUGUCCAUUCAAGCUCCCUUGUCCUCUGUCACGUUGGUGAAUGAGUGUUUGUCCCAGGGAGAGAUGAGGAUGUCCUGCACCACUGAGGGAGGGGGGGACAGUCCUCAGUACAGUUGGACUCUGGAUGGACACACACUGACACAGGAUGAGCUCCUCUCUGGAAAUAAGGACACUGACAUCAUCGUUCUGAGACAGGACAUGUCAGGACUCCUGGUCUGCUCAGUCAGUAAUCACGUCAGUAACAUCUCCAAAGACAUGAGGAUACCGACCUGUGUUUUCAUCAACUGCACCUUAUCCAAUGGGACGCACGUAUCACAGUGGGUGUUUGCAGCCACUAACACACUGUGUGUUGAGCCCACCACGGUCACAGACACUACUGCUGGUAAGAGGACAGAGUCAGUCACACUCUCCAAUAAUAUCACAUCCUCCAAUCAAACUGUGACUCCCUCCAGAGGUGAUGACCCGUGGUUCAUUAAGCAUUUGCCAGUGAUGGCUGGUGUACUUUCAGCACUGGCACUUCUCUUAGUGCUUGGUGUAUCUGUCAUUUGUGUUCAGAAGAAAAAGAAAACAAGUGCCAAAGAGGAAGAGGAUGAACAGGAAUUAACCUAUGCAGAUGUCAGGGUUGUGCAGAGGAGGCAGGUACAGCAGAGUGACGAGGGGGAGGUGGAGUACGGACAAGUCAGGAUUUCAGAGCGACCUCAGCAGGCUGUUGAACGAACUACAGACGACUGUGUCUACGCUCAGGUGGUUGUCAAGAAUCAAAAGGGACAGUUGCAUUAAUUUAACACAUUCUUGUUUUCGUAUAAGCAUUUUGAAAUCCUUAUUAAAAAACUGUAAAGUCAUGUCUCUGUGUGCCAUCAGGGCAUUUAUGUUGGUCAAUCAUCUUUUAAUUUACUGUAAAUGUAAAACAUACGUGGUGGGAUUAAUUGAGGAACGAGUCGUGUGUCUAUGUGUGAAGAUAAGCGAGAUGUAAAAUUGCUUUUGAAAAUAAUUUGUUCUUAUGACUCAUGAUUUAAGAAUUUUUUUUUAAGAACUGCUUUUCUUGAUGUGUGAACUUUGCAGUCUUACCACAAGGUUUAUUUAGGGUUAGCACAAUUUAGGGACUUCUAUUAUUACUUAAGUCUGUGAAUUAGCAACAUAGAUUUUCGUCGUUCACAGGGUUUUUCUCCUUCACUGAAAUAACGAGACGUUUGUGAGGAACAAAAUGUAAUCCAAGUUGUUAUUUUUUUUUCUUUUUUAAAUGGACAACAUUUAAACAACCUGUUAGUUUUGUCAGGUUGAAAAUUACAAGCUUCAGUCUGACUGUGUCACUUUAAUCAUUCUGAUUUUAUUCUUUUCUAAAUUUAAAGUGUGACGGAGAACAUCUGUUGCUUAAAGGUUGCAGCUAUUUGUCUGCAACUGAGUUCAGGGAGGACGCGAUCAAGAUGAUUCCCGCAAGUCAUUAGUGACUCGUCUGCACAUUCAAGAUUCCCAGGUUUUAUUGUCUGAGCUUGUGGCAAAUAAAAACUUUGAACCCGGUGUGCAGAGGUUGAUCGCUACAGUCUUCUCUGCACACGCCUGCCACUCUAAGGAUAGACCACAUUUUAUAGCCAAACUAACGCACAAGAUGCUUUUACUUUUGAAAUAUGAUGUCUCUUCUAUUUCUUGACACUAGAAGUUACAACCAUAGCUACAUUCAACAACAUCCUGUUAUCUGUUUUCCUGUGGCAAGUUUUCAGUCAAACCUUUGAUUCUCAGGCAGGGCACGUUUAUUUUUCUCAGCUCACUUUUAUCCACUAAUACUCUUCAGCAGCUGCAACAUUAGCCACAGUUUUUACAGAAUGAUUUUCACGCUUACAAAUGUGUUUGAUAUAUUCAAGACCUGUGUUUUUUUAUUAGCUCCUCUCUGUUCCAUGUGUCUGCUUCACCAUUGCUUUGCAACUUUUCUUCUAAGGUGCAAUGUGUUCACUUAUAAAUAGACGUAUUCAGUAUGUCUUAAUUUAGGCGUUACUUCUCUAUUUUGCAGUUAAGCGAAAACACUUUAGUGGCUUAAAGUUAUUUACUGUGCCUUUAUCCGAAGACAGAGGUUACACAUUUGAUUUGAUAGUUUGGGGUUAAAGGUUGACAAUCAUGAACUACUAUUCAGCUAAAUCAAGGCACCAUAAAAUAGAUGUUUAUGGCACAUGAUGGGCGUCGUGUCCUUAACCAGCUGCCUGAGAUCCUGAACUCGAACUGAGCAAAUAAUUUACAACAGAGGAGAAGUGUAAUAAACCGGCAGCAACAAUCCAGUCUCCUUUUUGCCAUGUGACUGCUUACUUUGCUCAAUAUGAUCACUGAAAAUGUAAAAAAAAAAUAGUUAAGGAGUGUUUCAUCUGUUAACCUUUUAUUGUGUGCAUGACACAGUAAAUCUGAAGACAGUACGUUGGAUAAUUGUACCUGAACUCAUGAUAGGUACAUUUGAAACACAACACAUUUCUUAUUUUUUUCCUCAUAAAAACCCGAUGACUGUCACACUGUCACGACACGUCAAUGUGAGCUUGCCACGCAACUGCACACAAUAAAGGUUUUGAGUUGUGCAA